CUGGCGAAUACAUUUUCCCUGGAAAGGAAGCUCUAGAGUUAGGUCAGGGGCUCUGCCUGCUUCCUGAGUGCCUGGUGCAAGCUCCUGUGGAUGUUUUGAGUUUUCAACCCUACCACCCACAAGAAGCCAUUUGGUGACAUAUACUAAUUAUAUUCCUGAAAGUUCAAGACCAACAUUCACUCUACUGCCCAGGGCUAACCUCUGAGUCCUGUGGGUGACUUCACAGCCCAGCAGCGCUCCCAGAAUUGUUCCUUUGUUGCAGUCCACCAUGCUGGCCACCCUGUGGCUGAUUAGCCUUUCUUUCCCCACUCUCAGGGCACAGCCAUUAAUCAGCUGUCCCUACAAGAAUCUGUGCCAGUGGCCCCUACUCUCAGGCAAUGAUAUUGUCCUGAAGUGUGACCUUCCGAGGGCACUCUGGUACUUCUCCUCCAUUCUAGGGGAGGAUCUCUUCCUCAUCAACUCAAUGCAUAACAUAAAGAACCUGCCUAGCGGUAGCCUGCAGUUGACCAACCCUCAGCCCUCCCAGUCCGGCCUCUAUCGCUGCCAGGACAAACACAGUAUCCUCAUGGUGGAAUAUGAGAUUGACUUUCAGGAUGUCUCCACCCUGCACAUCACACACAAAGCCCUGGACCAACAGACCCUGCAGAAUGAGACUCUGAGGCUAGGAGGUGAGGUACUCGUCUUCACCCAGUGGGAGCCCUGGCAGAACUGUAAUCGCUGUGGGGUGCCCGGUGAGCGCAAGCGCCUGGGAUACUGCUAUAUUGAGGAGCCCCAGGAGAAACCCAUGCCUUGUGGACUCUAUCUGAGAGAUGAGAAACCGCCACACACCCGCUUGAGGCCUGAGAUACAGGUAGAAGCCUGCCUCGUACCCUGUGGCCCUGCUAAGGAAUUGGAACAGUCAUACUUCAUCUUUGACAUUUAUCAACUGGGCAAGUUGACCAACAACGCGUGGCUUGACUGCCCCUUGUCCUCCGUCUACAGGUAA